CUCUUGGUCACGAAUUUUGCGGCAGGCUGCAGGCGUGAAAGCGAAUGGAAGGUCUGGCAACUGUACGGCUCCCUUUCACGGUGUCUAUUGACUUUGAUCCACCAUGCCGACAGAAUUAGAGGAGCUCGUGGGGUUCAUUGCCCACCCGAACCCUAGUAUUCGCAAAGUUGCGGCCGAGAACCUCGUGCCGUACUCGACUGAGCAACCUUCCAUAUUCAAGAGAGACGAGUUGCUGCCUGUGAAACACCUCAAGUUCCUGAUCAGAGACCAUCCAGAAAUUGCAGAGCAUGCCAUCACCAUUCUGAUCAACUUGACAUCCGACCGGACCGUUCUCGAAUAUGUAGCGACCGACGAGAGAUUUCUCGGCAUCCUCCUUGGCAAUCUGGUUGAUCCAUCAGAGGCCAAUGCGAACCUUCUUGCCAUGCUACUUGCCAACAUGGCAAAGUGGGAUGGCUUGAAAGACAUUGUGAACCGAAAACAAGAUCCGCCCAAGGCCCUGCAGUCCCACGAGCUAGUGUUCAACCAGCUACUCGACCUCUUCGUGAAAGGUGCCGACGGCACGUAUAACAAACAGGCCGACUUCGACUACCUGGCCUACGUCUUCGCCGACCUUUCAAAGCAUCCCGAGAUACGGCAAUUCUUCCUCACCAAGCAGGAGUACGAUGACGUCGUUCCCAUCAACAAGAUCAAAGUGUUCACGGAGCACAAAUCGGAUAUCAGGAGGAAAGGGGUGGCGAGCAUCAUCAAAAACACAGCCUUUGACGUGCCGGCGCACCCUGCGUUCCUAGACGAGGACCAGAUCAACAUUAUGCCCUAUAUCUUGCUGCCGAUAACUGGCAACGAGGAGUAUGAUGAGGAGGAAACGAUGGGGAUGUUGCCGGAUCUGCAACUUCUACCGCCCGACAAGCAGCGAGACCCAGACCACAACAUCAUCCAGACACACGUCGAAACAUUGACCCUCCUGACAACGACCAGGGAAGGGAGGGAUUAUAUGCGAAGGAUUAACGUCUACCCGAUCAUCCGAGAGACACAUCUCCGUGUUGACGACGAGGGGGUCCGCGAGGCGUGCGAACGGUUAGUUCAGGUGCUGAUGCGGGACGAAGCGGAGCCGGGAGCGGAAGGAGCAGACGAGGAGGACGACGAUGAAAGAGUGGUUGAAGUGUGAUUCUCUCCCGGAGAACAAAAUUUCCAAUGGAAACCGCAGAUACGAUACCACCACACCGCCAAGCAGACACGUCCUCAAACCCUUGUCGUCUACUAGUAGGGACAGCCGAGUCAAAUGGCCGCGCGCUCUCAAUCCCAC